AUGGGUCACCCGGCAGGUCUUCGUUCUGGCACUCGCUAUGCCUUCUCUCGGAAGUUCCGGGAGAAGGGUAUGAUCAGGCUGUCUACCUACCUGAAGCAGUACAAGGUCGGCGACAUCGUUGACAUCAAGACAAACGGUGCUGUUCAGAAGGGCAUGCCGCACAAGGUCUACCACGGCAAGACCGGUGUCGUUUACAACGUCACCAAGAGCGCGGUCGGUAUCAUCAUCUACAAGAAAGUAAAGCACCGAUACAUCGAGAAGCGCCUCAACAUCCGGAUCGACCACGUCUCGCCCUCGCGGUCACGAGAGGACUUCCUGCGCCGAGUCAAGACGAACGCCGAGUUGAAGAAGAAGGCCAAGGCGGAGGGCAAGCCGGUUCAGCUCAAGAGACAACCCGCCAUGCCGAGAGAUGCCCGGACGGUCUCGAUGGCGGAUAACCGCCCCGAGUCUGUUGCGCCAAUCCCGUACGAGACAACGAUCUAA